AUGUCAGGCCCUGCUCAAGACACCAUUGAGAGUACCAUACCUUGUUUUGGCAUGGGUAUGUUGACGGUGAGAGACACUGCCAACAAUAUUCUUCCGAACCUUGUCAACAUCUUUCACUUUGUCUGCAGCCUUCAAAAUGUCUUCUCCCCAACACAAGUGCACAUGUUUGUGCAGGUUUCCUGUCAAACACACAUCACCUUUAUCAAGGUAAUGCCUCACAGUGGCUUUGCAACCCUUGGCUUGGCACCUGGUUUCAUGCACUCGCCGCCCAUUCUGCUCACUAAUCUUGGGAAUCAGAUGAAAGAAUGCAUACACUUGUUUAAACCCACACUUAGCUUGUCUCCAGCACUUUCUUCUUCGUUUGUGGGCACCACAAGUUCAAUAUCACUAUCAUUUGCAUUGUUGUGUAACUCCUCCUCCUCUGUUCACACAAAAGCUCGUCGACUUGGUGCAGCUGCCGCCUCAGACAAUGCUGUGACCUUCUUGGUGGAGCCACUAUCUUUAGGCAAUGCCAUGACCUUCUUGGGUGCUGUUGCCUCAGUACUUUCAGCAUGUUGGUUCUUUUUCACCUUCUUUGGCUGCACCAUCACGUUAUCUCCAUUGGAAUUGGCCUUCUGUUUCUUCGAUGUUGUUUCUUCAAGUGCUGCCUUCACUUUGACAGAGAUCUUUGGGAUUCAUUUUUCAGUGUUGGACUGCAUUGUGCGAGUGGAUGUUGGGUGA